UAGCAUUUAAAGGGCCCGGUCAGCUGACAGACGCCAGCCCGCGUCUAACCCAGGGGGCCUGGGUCUGGCUGCCCGGGGAGAGAUGAUGGCGGAUCGAGCCGGACAAGUGCUCCUGGGCAGACCCGGGGACCCGCGGAUGCCGGGGUUCUGGGGAGGCUAUAGAGUUCAGGUAUUGGCCACGAUCAUCUUCCUGCUGCUUUUGUCUCUGGCAGAAUCUGGCGCCAGGGCAAAGAAUGACUUCAGCUGGUGAGUUCAGCCGCUGGUGACCAUGGAGCAGCUGCUGUGGGUAAGCGGGAGGCAGAUCGGUUCUGUGCACACCUUCCGAAUUCCGCUCAUCACAACCACUCCUCAGGGCACUCUCCCCUUCGCUGAGGCCAGAAAAAUGUCCACAUCGGAUGAGGGGGCCAAGUUCAUUGCUCUUCGUAGGUCCUUGGACCAAGGCAGCACAUGGUCUCCUACAGUCAUUGUAGAUGAUGGGGACACCCCGGAUGGGCUGAACCUGGGGGCAGUGGUGAAUGAUAUGGAGACAGGAGUGGUGUUUCUUUUCUAUUCCCUCUGUGCUCACAAGGCUGGCUGCCAGGUGGCCUCCACUAUGUUGGUGUGGAGCAAAGAUGAUGGUGUUUCCUGGAGCCCUCCCCGGAACCUUUCCUUGGAUAUUGGCACCGAGAUGUUUGCCCCUGGACCAGGCUCAGGCAUUCAGAAGGACUGGAGCCGCGGAAGGGGCCGCCUCAUCGUGUGUGGCCAUGGGACACUGGAGCGGGAUGGGGUCUUCUGCCUCCUCAGUGAUGAUCACGGUGCCACCUGGCGCUAUGGCAGUGGGGUCAGCGGCAUCCCCUAUGGCCAGCCCAAGCGGGAAAACGAUUUCAACCCUGAUGAGUGCCAGCCCUAUGAGCUCCCAGAUGGCUCAGUCGUCAUCAACGCCCGGAACCAGAACAACUACCACUGCCAUUGCCGAAUUGUCCUCCGCAGCUACGACGCCUGUGAUACCAUACGGCCUCGCGAUGUGACCUUCGACCCUGAGCUUGUGGACCCUGUGGUAGCUGCAGGAGCUGUAGCCACCAGCUCCGGCAUUGUCUUCUUCUCCAAUCCAGCCCAUCCAGAGUUCCGAGUGAACCUGACCCUGCGCUGGAGUUUCAGCAAUGGUACAUCAUGGCGGAAAGAGACAGUCCAGCUGUGGCCAGGCCCCAGUGGCUACUCCUCACUGGCAGCCCUGGAGGGCAACGUGGGCGGGAAGGACCAGGCCCCCCAGCUCUACGUCCUGUAUGAGAAAGGCCGGAAUCAGUACACCGAGAGCAUCUCCCUGGCCAAAGUCAGCGUGUAUGGGACACUCUGAGCUGCACACCUGCCACCAGAGUAGAAGGCCCUGGACUCAGCCUUCAGAACCAUGGGCCCGUAGCGGGUCUGCUAGAGGUGCCUAAAAGACAGUUCCACCUGCCUGUAGACUGUAGCCUUUUGCAAAAUCGAUUUCUCUUUGACAGGGAAGUCACUCUUUUAGGACUACAAGCCUGGCUUCUUCCACACGGGGUGUCCUGCCCUCACUUGGGAGCACAUCCCUUCCACAUCAUUGCUGGCUCUGGCCCCCUACCCCUUCUGCCUUCCUAGGACAGUGAUUGGUCCUUUUUUUAGGCGGGGUUAGGUAGGCCUGUGGAAUUGAAUAUAUUUGGACUCAGGGAAUUGGGGAAGGCUGAGCUUCCUCUUUAGGGUAAAAUACUGGCUAUGGAGCAGGUUGGUGAAAGUACUGUAAGGGCAAUAUUUGGAUUCAGGGUAAAGAACUAGGUGCGCCACCCACCUAGACUAUUUAUAAAUUGAACUGUUUGUAACUUAACGUUUUUAAUGAAGGAGAAUGAGCACUU